AUGUCUCAAGCUCAAGUAGAAUUCGAUCCCAAGAACAUGCCCUUUCGAAGGCUCGGAUCCAGCGGUCUGCGCGUACCACUGUUCUCACUUGGUGGAUGGCUUACACUAGGAGGCACCAUCAUAGGAGAUCCCGUAAAGGAUAUCAUCAAGACAGCAUUCGAGAACGGGAUUAACAUGGUCGAUACUGCUGAGGCAUAUGCAAAGGGACAGUCAGAGAUGGAGAUUGGGCGCGUCGUCAAGGAACUCGGUAUCCGGAGAUCUGACCUGGUGAUCACCACAAAACUCUUCUGGGGUCUGCGGACGGGGCCGAACGAUGGCGGAUUAUCACGCAAGCAUAUCAUUGAAGGGACGCAAGAGGCUCUCGCUCGCCUUCAAAUGGACUACGUCGAUGUCAUCUUUGCUCAUCGAUGUGACGUUACUGUGCCGAUGGAGGAGAUCGUCCGAGCAUUCAACUUUGUCAUCGAGAAAGGCUGGGCUUUUUAUUGGGCCACAUCAGAGUGGUCGGCUCGUGAGAUCGAAGAAGCCCAUCAUGUCGCCUCUCGUUUGAAUCUCAUCGCUCCUAUCGCUGAACAGUGCGAGCAUAAUAUGUUUCACCGCGAGAAAGCGGAGAAGGAAUAUAUACCCCUGUACAAGAAAUAUGGUCUUGGAACAACCGCAUUUUCUGUCCUGGCAAGUGGGAUAUUAACUGGAAAGUACAAUGACGGUAUCCCUCCUGGUACGCGGCUAUCCAAACCUGAGAACGGACUGGACUAUAUGGUCAAGGCCCUCAAUACGCCCGAAGGAGAGGCGAAGAUUCAUAAAGUCCGCCAACUUACCAAGCUCGCUCAGGAGGAAUUGCAGACGACACCGGCGGUCCUCGCCCUCGCCUGGGUAGCGCGGAACCCGAACACGUCAACAGUGAUUCUUGGUGCGUCGCGCCCUGAGCAGGUUCUGGAGAACUUGAAGGCGCUGGCGGUUCUUCCGAGACUUACAGAGAAUAUCAUGGCAAAGAUAGAGGAUAUUCUCGACAAUAAACCUGGACCUCUGUCUACAAAUGGACGACCACCAUUGGAUAAGUUUGGGAGGCAGUGA